AGGUACACUUCUGCUCCUACUUAUUACGGCAAUGUCAGCGAACGCUCGCAUAGCUGUGAUGUAUGCUCACGACAAGUUGAGCGAUGUGGUCGCUGAGCAGUGCUUCAACGAGAUGUUUCCUAGGAAGCACGUAGUGGUACAGGAGUCGGAUGAAUCCUGCAUCAUAUUCUGCGUGCUAAGGAAGCUCGGCAUCAUGAGCCCUAACGGGGCGAUCAACUUAGAUGUAUACAGAAAACGAGUGCAAGUAGCCCAUCAGUUAGACCGGAGGAACUUAGUGAGCGACUUCGGUAACUCGUGUUUGGAAACAGCAGAAGCUACACAGCACAAACAAGACGUAUGCAAGAAAGCAAAAGUGUUCAAUGACUGUACUCACCUCUACAGGAUAUUACUGAAAUAG